CUUUUUUAAUGUCCUUGGUUAGAGAGUGUUGAAGUAAGAUUGUUCAUUGCAAAUGGUCCCUUAAAUCAUAAUCAAAUAACUCAAACCUUUCCUGAAAAAAAGUAGAAAAAUAAUAUCUGAUCUAAUUUUCAAGUGGUUACCCAAAAUGGAUUCUCUUGUGCAAAUUGGCGACUUCGACUUGACUUUUUUAGACUUUUGGGGGCUGUGUGUGUAGGUGAAAGUGUCUGCUGUGAAUGGAGGAAUAAAUGUAAGCGUAGCUUAAUUCCUACAAAAGAAUUUCAGCUCAUAAGCUGUGUAACUAAGAAGCAUUUUGAGGUCAGCUUGAAUAAAUUCUGAUUGGGCUGUGAAAGUUGGGCUUACAGGUACAGUGAGUCUAUCGCGAAGAAUGUUCACCAUUUCAAUCAUAUUUGGCCGUGCUCAACAACACAAUUCAUCAAGCGGCCCGGGAAAUGAAGCUACAGGACCUUCCUGAUGAACUAUUAUUCCAAAUAUGCAAUCAAUUGAGCAUUAAUGAUUUGAUAUCAUUUGUAAAAGUUCCAGAAUUCGGUUCAAGAACCCAAAGUUUUUACAAAUUUUAUUAUGAUGAAGCAUCAACAAAAAGACUAGCCGAACAUUUACAACAGAAUUGUUCAUUCGCAAUUUAUUGGCCUGGUGGCUUUCCAAUAAUAGAUAACUCAAAAGCAUGGAUGAACCAUAUCUUACUAGAUAGUCCAGGUCGGUCAACAAUUAAGAGGGCGGAGAGAAUCUCAAGAAGGCUUCCAACUAUGAUUACGGUGGUUUCAAAGCAUUUAUCAAGAGAAUUAAUUCCUCGAUUAACUCCAUUGACUAGGUCACUUACUUUCUUGAAUGUCUUGGAAAUCGAUGAAGAUGGCAUUGAAUAUUUCAAUCCACAAGUUCUGGUAAAAGUACGUCGUGGCAACAUGAAGUUUCAAGAACUUCCACAUGAAAUACUGUUCCAAAUAUGCAAUAAUUUGAAUCUGAUUGACUUUGCUGCUUUUUCACAAGUUUCAGAACUUGCUUCAAGAACUCAUUGGUUUUUCAAAUUUUAUCAUGAUGAAUCAGAAGAAGCAAAACCAAUGGCGGUUCAAUUACAACAGCGUUGUCCGUUUAAAAUUGAGUCUCUUUAUGAUUUCCCAGAGGAUGGAGUUACAGGAGCUUUAAUGAUACAUAUCUUAGCAGGUAACCCUAGUGAUGAAAUGCUAGAGAGAAUGGAAAACAUAAAAAAGUCAGUUCCAAAUGUGAUUACAGCGAUUCCAGAUUGGUUGGACUCUUCAAUAUUCACUUCAAUUCUUGAAUAUUGUCCAAUGACUAAACUAGUCAGCAUUAUGAAUGUUCUUAGUGCCCAAAUUUCUCAUGCCGAGUGGAAGAUUGACCCUCAAAUUUUUGAAUUCCCAAAGCUUGAGCAAUUGGAGCUUCAAGAUGUUAGAUCCAUUAAUAAUACAAAUUAUAAACAUUUGGAGCUAUUGAGGUCGGAUCUAUUUACUUCGAUGGAGAGUUUUACUAUAGAUAGUGUACCACUUGGUAAUUGCUCAACAAUCUCUUUGAACUUACAAAAUCAACUUGAUACAAAGGCUGUCGGAAUUUUGAAAAAUCUUGUGUUACCAAAUGUUCAAAAUUUAAAAUUGACAAGUUUUUAUUCAUUUGUUAAUAUAGAUGCUCCAGAACUUGAGGUGUUAGAUCUAUCCAUUCGUUAUAAUAAGCCAUUCAUUUUUCAAAAUUUCAAUGCACCAAAGUUGUUAAGGAUAACAACACAUUUCCCUUUUGACACUAACGAUGAAGAAGAAGAACAACUACAUUUUGAAAAAUUUGAAAAUGUUCAUUUUCCAAAAUUACAAGAGUUUCAAAGAUUAAAUGAAUCAUUACUUGAUUCUGCAGGAGAUUUUAGCUUUGAAGAAUUACAAAUAAUUAAGUGUAAUGGAAAUUUUCGGUUAUGGGUUGGAAGGUUUAAUCCUUUAGUUUUAAAAAAAUUGGAGUUGGGUUGUACAUAUUGGCUACAUGAAACUACCUACAAACAAUACCGAGCACAUCAUUCAGCUUUAUGCGAAUAUGAUUCAUUUCCAUUACUUGAAGACUUGCAAAUAUGUUUCAGGCCAUAUCCUUUAGCUUUUUUUGAUUUGCCUUUUGCUUUCAAUCUUCCAAAACUCACUCAUUUAUUCUUACAAAACGUUGAGGGUGUAACAGGUGAAACGUUGAAUCAAUUGUUUUUGAAUAGUCCGAAACUCAGUGGUAUUUGCAUAUCUUUAGUACCUGAAGAACAUAUAAAGAUAGAUGGAGUAAACUCUGAUAGUAUGGAGAGCCUAAGCUUAAGCAUUGAAAGAACCACAGAUAAUCACUUAUCAAACUGUUUGUUUGAGCUUACCAAUUGUCAUUUUCCAAAGCUAUCGAAACUUUCUCUAUUCAUGCUUGAUGAUAUGUCUGUGAACAUUGAUAAUAUUAUUACACCUUGUUUGAAAAAAUUUCGUUCUAGUGAUUUUUUUAUGGAAAGUAUUAAUUUCUCCAAAAUGAAUACACCAUGCAUUGAAGAUAUCUUCUUUGACGGUUUUGCAUCUGAGAUUGAAUUGGGAGAUAUAGAAAAUGUGAAAAGGUUGGGUAUAAGCUCUUUUGACAAGCUUAGUUAUACAAAAGAGCCAUUAGAGCUUAAAUAUUUAAGGUUACCAUCAAGUGAAGAAAUUGAACACAAAGGAAGUAAAAAAGCUUGUGAACGACUACAUGAAAUCAAAUCAAGGUCACCUUCAUGA